CUGCACAAAACUGUUCUAGCUCUAAGCGAACAAGGAUAUGGAAUUGGAAAACCAAGUCAUUUCUUGGGACGCUGGUUCAACCGCCUCUUCCACCGUGAGCAAAACUCCGACGAACCUGUGACAAGGUUGCCAUUCGGAAAGAAGACCAAGAGGCCGAAGCCAGGCGAUAUUCAACCUCUUGUUGACGCUAUGUUAGAAGCCGACAUCUACGCCGCUGGACCUAAAGACUAUAAGGUUGCUUACGGUAACCCAGUGUCCGGUACAACCGACCAGAGUGACAACGAGUAA